GCACUGAUGUCGCAGCAUGUGACCUUCAGCUGGUGAGGAAAGAGUUCAAACCAGAUCAGUAACAGUGAAGGAAUAAAUAAAGGAGGACAGACGGAGACACAGAGCUCUGUGACGUCAGCAGAAACCCUCAGAGAUCCUCAGUGAAGCAACACUGACACAUGUGAAUUAGCCUCUGAUGUUUUCACUGGAGUACAGCAUGGCGACUGCAGCAUCAGAUGAUGAGAAUGAUUUGGAUCCCCCGACAUGCAGCAGCCCUGACUCUGAGCGUCCUCUCUUCAAAGAUGAACAUCAGCCCCUGAAGCACAGCAGGAGCUAUGAAUUUCUGCCACCUGACUUGUCUGAGCUGAGGGUUGUUCUGCUGGGGAACAGCUGGUCUGAAAAGAGUUCAGUGGGGAACUUCAUACUGGGAGAGACUAAGUUCAACACUGAGGAAGAACCAGACUGCUGUCUGACAGAAAGAGGACAGAUAAAGGACAAAGAAAUAGUUCUGAUCAACACUCCAGAUCUGCUGCAUCUCAACAUCUCUGAAGACAAACUGUCAGAACAUGUAGAAAAGUGUGUGAGACUCUCUGAUCCUGGACCUCAUGUGUUCCUGCUGGUUCUACAGCCUGAAGACUUCACUGAGGAACACAAAGGGAAGCUGGAUAGGAUCCUUGGAAAGUUCAGUGAUCAAUCAUUUGAUCAUUCAUUGAUACUGAUAUCAACACCCAGAAAGGAGAGUUCAGGUUUCAAAGAUGAACCAGACCAGCCCUUAAAAGACAUGAUCAGAAUGUGUAGAUACAGAUACCUGAAGCAGAAGAACCUUGAACGUCCAGAGCUGUUAACACGAUUGGGUCAAACUGCAAAGGAAAACUAUGGAGAGCAUGUGAGCUGUGAUGUGUCUGAGGAUGUAACACAAAGUUUAACUUGUGAUCAGGAAAGCCUUAAAAAACCAGAAGAAGUCUGUUAUAAAUUGGAUCCUACAAAAGCUACAGUUCCCAGAAAAACUACCUCGUCCCACCAGUCAAAGGAACUAAGGAUUGUGAUGUUUGGAAGGGAGGUCAAAAAGAAGACACUUUGCAACUUCAUCGUUGGAAGCAAACAAAUCCAACAUAAAAUAACCCCAAACAAGCAAUGUGAGGUCGCCCAUGGAGAGUGGAGAGGAAAGACUUUGAAAGUCGUGAAAACUCCCAACAUGUUCAGUCUGUCUGUGGAAGCCUUUAGAGAAGAGAUGAGAAGCUGUGUGACUCUUUCUCUCCCUGGACCAAAUGUUCUGCUGCUGUUAGUGAAGCUGUCUGAGUUCACUGAGAAGAACAGACAAACACUGAAGUUCAUCCUGAGUCUGUUUGAUCAAGAUGCCUUCAAACACUCGAUGGUCAUCAUGACACACGAGGAGAGUAAAGCAAGCCCUGCUGUCAGUCAGCUCCUUAAAGACUGUGGAGGAAGACACUACAACAUGGUUAAAAGUGACCGCCAGCUGUUAAUGGAGAAGAUUGAGAACAUUGUGCGUGAAAACAAAGAAGCCUUCCUCACCUUCACUGAAGAGCCCAUCAGAGCAAAGUCUGAACCCAUCAGAGCAGCUUUAAACCUGGUCCUGUGUGGGAGGAGAGGAGCAGGGAAGACUUCAGCAGCCAAGGCCAUUUUAGGUCAGACAGAGCUUCAUUCAGUCUCCAGCUCAUCAGAGUGUGUUAAACAUCAGGGAGAGGUGUGUGGACGUUGGGUUUCCCUGGUGGAGCUGCCUGCCUUGUAUGGAAAACCUCAGGAGGCAGUGAUGGAGGAAUCAUUCAGGUGUAUCUCCCUCUGUGAUCCUGAGGGCGUCCAUGCCUUCAUCCUGGUCCUACCUGUGCGUCCCCUCACUGAUGAAGACAAGGGAGAGUUAGAGACCAUCAGGAACACAUUCAGCUCUCGAGUCAAUGACUUCACCUUGAUCCUGUUCACUGUGGAGUCAGAUGCUACAGCGUCAGCUUUUGUUAACUUUCUAAAGCAAAACGGAGACAUCCAGGAGCUCUGUCAGAGCUGUGGAGGAAGAUAUGUUGUUCUCAACAUCAAGGACCAGCAGCAGAUCCCAGAGCUGUUGGAUGCUGUGGAAGAAAUGAAACUGAGACCCAAUCAAGAUAAAGCAUGCAGCUACACUAGAGAAACAUACGCACAUGUCCAAAUAGGAAAGAUCAUAAAACAAGACAAACACAUCAGCACACUGCAGGCUGAACUGAAGGACCUGAAAACAAAAAGCAUGGUCAGCUGUGAUGAUGAGGAGCAGAGCCCAGAGUGUCUCAGGAUUGUGCUGAUAGGGAAGACUGGCAGUGGAAAGAGUUCUUCAGGAAACACCAUCCUAGGAAGAGAUGAGUUUGAAGCUGAAUCAAGCCAAACAUCAGUCACCAAACGUUGUCAGAAAGCAGUGGGUGAGGUGGACGGUCGUGCUGUUGCUGUGGUCGACACUCCUGGUCUGUUUGACAAUAGUUUAACUCAUGAGGAAGUCACUGAGGAGAUGUCGAAAUGCAUCAGUCUUCUGGCUCCAGGACCACAUGUCUUCCUGUUGGUGUUACAAAUCGGCAGAUUUACACCAGAGGAGAAGGAGACAUUAAAACUCAUCAGGGAAGUCUUUGGGAAGAAUGCUAAGAAGUUCACCUUCAUUCUUUUAACUGGAGGAGAUAAACUGAAGCGUGAGAAGCGGACCAUUGAGCAGUACAUUGAAAAAAAAUGUGAUCAGUCAUUUAAGAAUAUGAUUGCUGACUGUGGAGGAAGAUGCCAUGUGUUUGAUAACUAUGAUGACGGCAACCGCAUGCAAGUCAGCGACCUGAUAACGAAGAUUGACACCAUGGUGAAGACAAAUGGAGGCAGCUGCUACACUAAUGAGAUCUUUAAAGAGGCCGAGGCAGCUAUAAAGAAAGAAGUGGAGAAAAUUCUAAAGGAGAAGGAAGAAGAGAUGAGGAUAGAGAGGGAGAAACUUCAAAGAAAACAUAAGGAAGAAAUGGAAGCAAUGAAAAGAAGAAUGGAAGAACAGAGAGCAGACAUUGAGAAAGAGAGAAAACUGAGAGGAAAACAACUCAAAGAAAUGGAGGAAAACAUCAACAAAGAACGUGAGGAGAGAAAGAAAGAACAGGAAAUGAGAGAAGAAGAAGACAGGAAGAGGAAACAACAGGAAGAAUUACAGCAACAAGAGUGGGAACAAAAAGUUGACGCUUUGGAGCAACAAAUAAGAUCAGAGUCAGAAUCAAAGGAAACUAUUGACAGAAAGCUGGAGGAGAGCAGAGAGGUGAUGAAAAGAGAAAGAGAACAUGAGGAGAAGAAACAAAAAGAAUGGUGGGACAGACGAAACCAAGAAAAUGAACAGAGACGACAGGAAGAGCAAACAACACUGAAAAAGCUUCAAGAUCAAUAUGAUCAGGAGAGAGAAAAGUAUGAAGAGAAAAGAAAUGAAGAGGACCGAAUCAGACAGGAGCAGGAGGAGAAGAAGCUGAAAGAGUUGGAGGAAAACUAUAAGACAAAACUGGAGGGCAUAAAGAAAAAGUACGAGGAGGAGGCCAGAAAUAAAGCUGAAGAGUUCAAUGAAUUCAGAGAGAGUAAAGAAAGGGACUUUGCAGCUAUGAUCGAAAAACACAUGAAAGAAGUCGAGGAUCUGAAGGAACAGCAGGGGAAAGACAUGCAAAAGAAGCAAGAGGAAUACGACAGGUUGAACGAUCUCUCAACCCACAAAGAAGAAAGUCUGAAAGAAGCCAUGGAUAAACUACAGGACAAACACAAACAAGAAAUGGCCGACUUGAUACUGAUACUUCUGACCCAAAAGAAAGAAAACAGGAGGAAAAUAAGGGCAAUGCAGGAAGCACACAAAAAAGAGGAGGAGAACCUUAAAAAAGAUCUUUUAGCUGAAAACAAAAGAAAAGAGAAGGAACAAAUGGAAAAACUGAGGAAAAAACAGAAACAAGAAAUGAAAGCCCUGGACAAGGAACUUUCAACCCAAACCAAAGACGCUAAGCGCGUAAGACGGGAGACGCUGUCCAUCCAACAUGAGCAACAAAUUAUUGAUCUGAAAAUGGAAUUUCUGACGCAACAGCAACAAAACCAGAAGGAACAGCUGAACAAAUUACAGAAAGAACAUGAGCAAAAAUUGGAUGAAUUCAAACAGAAACUUCUGGAAGAAAAUGAAAGAAAUGAGAAAGAAAAAAUUGAUGAACUGCAGAAGAAUCAUGAACAAGAAAUGGAGGCGCUGAAGCAAGUUAAGAGCCCGGACAAAGACGAUCAGGAGGAAGAGCUGGAUGAACUGCAGAAAAAACAUGAAAAAGAAAUGAAUGAGCUGAAAGAGAAACUUUUGGCCCCACAGGAGCAACAGUCCUGCUGCAUCGCGUGAACAAUCGUAAUUAUUUCAAUAUCACACUAAUGCCAACCUGGGUCCUGUAUUCAGAGACUUGUCACCAUCUUUGAUGCACACAGUAUAUAUACAGUUACCAUGGAUACAGAUGUUGUUGCCAUCUAUCACAAGGUUAGUGGAAGAGGUAGGCCUAGUGUUUUACGUUUUUUACCAAACUGUAACGCCGGAAUUGCGCUGGUUAUCCGCUGCGUGCUCCGCCAUCCGUCAACACCCACCGUCUGCGUUUGCUGUGUGGAGCGGUGCAGCUCCGCCGGACAGCAGG